UGGCCUACUUCAGCUGUAGUCUAAUGGCCAGCCGAUACAAUUUUACCCAAUAACAUUUUACGUUUGCAUUACCAACCCGAAUGAGCAGCCAGUGUUGGCCGGAUGUAGGUGACUAUAGUUUGAACAAGCGGUUUUAAUUUGAAAGUGCCGACCGGAAGCUGUCACAUUAAACGCGGUGAGCUUGACGCUGAUUAAGUGAACGUUGCUCUGCUGGCUGCAUGCGAGAAAUCUGUUCACUGAACCAACGUUUUAUUAACCAGACAAGACGCUGUUAACACCAACACUGAUGGAGUGAGAGAGGAGCUGGACUCGGAACUACACUGACUGCUUUAUUCCUCUCAGGAGCCUCUCUGUUUCUCUUAUCUGGAGAAAGGACAGACUUUGUGUCAGCUGGGAAAGGAGAGGACACCAGGACACCGGGACACCGCAGCAAACAUGGAGUCCAUCCCGAACUCUCUCCACCAUGUCGCUGUCCGUUCGCCCUGCCAGACGCCUCACCUCCAGAUCCAUCACUAGGAGCCAGAGCUUCACUGGAGUCAACACCUACGACAAGCAAUACAGGAACCUCUCGGUGUUCAGCACUCCAGGUGUCAGCAGGAAGCCCAGCAGAGCCAGCAGAAUGUUUACUAUGUCCACCAAGUCCAACCCACCACCUAAGGUUCCUCAACCAGAGCGACUGGAUCAGGUCUAUGAGGCGUUGAAGAAAGGCCUUCAGUCUUACCUGCAGGUUCAUCAGAUGGACUUGGACAGCCUCACCAGGCAGAUGAAAGAAUCAAAGAGGAACUCCAGACUGGGUUUCCUGUAUGAGCUGGACAAGCAAGUGAAGGUGACUGAGAGGUACAUAAGGCGACUGGAGUUUCACCUCAGCAAGAUCGAUGAGCUCCAUGAAGCAUACUGCCUGCAGAGGAGGCUCAGAGACGGAGCAGACAAGAUGGUGAAGGCUUACACUGCCUCUCAAGUCAGUAAGGAGGCCAGGGAGAGUUUAGCAGAAGCCAAUAAAGGAUACAAAGAGUACACAGAGAACAUGUGUGUGUUGGAGAGCGAUUUGGAGAACCAGCUGGGGGAGUUCCACAUUAAGAUGAAAGGUCUGGCUGGAUUUGCUAGAUUGUGUGCUGGUGACCAGUAUGAGAUCUUUAUGAAGUACGGUCGGCAGCGGUGGAAGCUCCGAGGCAGAAUAGAGCUCAAUGCCAAACAGGUGUGGGACAGCGAGGAGAUGGUGUUCUUGCCACUCGUCAGUGAGUUCCUCUCUGUGAAGGUGACAGAGUUGAAGAGCUUAGCCAAUCACGUGGUUGUGGGAAGUGUUUCCUGCGAAACUAAGGACCUGUUUGCUGCACUAUCCCAGACGGUCGCCGUGGAUAUUAAUGAUCUUGGGACUAUUAAGUUGAGCCUUGAAGUCACCUGGAAUCCAUUUGAUAAAGACGACCAGGGGUCAGUGUCGAGCACUGUCAACAAAGCUCCAACCGUCAGUAAGAGAAUCUCGACAAUCUUCAACCAGAGUCCACCUGACACGCCAUCUUUACGUGAACAAGCCUUUUACAACAUGCUCCGCCGUCAUGAAGAGUUAGAGAACGGAACGGCUUGGUCUAAUUCGUCUGAAUCUUCCGACGAUUCCUCCAGUCCUCGGCUCUCUGUAGGAGAGCUACGCAACUCUACACAUCAGAAGGGAGUGGUGGUGACACCAGACAUCCAGCCAGCUGUGAGCGGAAGUUCCUCCCCACAGCGCGACAUCUCAUUUUGCCCCAGAGACUCCGCUUCCUCGACUCCAAACUCCACCCCCAAAGUCAGCACCAUCAGUCCCAACACAUCCACACAGCAAGCACAGAACAACAGGGACGAGGAGAAGAGGACAGUCACUGUGAUGACAAAACCUGACAGUGAGGCAGAGGACGCAGGGAAACAGGCUUCCGUAACAGUGGAUGGGGUGGUGACCAACAGCCACGCCUCACGCAGCUACUCGCGCUCUCUGAGCCACAUCAGUGAAAGCAGCGCUGAUGGCAUCGUGUUGAUGGACAGGUCAGCCGAAUCAGGAGAGGUGAUGUCUUUGGCCUCCGUCGUCUCCGUCAAUGACAUUGAAAUGGAGAUGCCCAGAACUCCUGAGCACAGGAGCACUCCUGCUGCCACAGACACUGACCUGUCACCAACGAGGCUUGGUGUCGCCGAAGAGAACACAACAGCCGACGACGUCACGGAUCAACAUCGACACAGGAAGCGACAGGACACGUCCAGCUCUGUCCUAACGUCCUCCUCUCCCAAGUCUGCAGGACUGGACAUUAACACUCCGUCUCAAAUGAACCCUCAGCUAGAGUGUGACGCACUCCCGGAGAGCGGGGAUGUGAUGUAUGUCGCCCGGCGGGUGUCGGUGGAGGAGGAGAUGCCAGGUGCGGGAGCAGAUUGUCUGUCCGGGGAGGGCGACGGUCCGGUGGACAGCGGACUGGAAGACGCCCUGGCAGCUGUAGUGUCCUCUCUGGAUGAUUACAGGGGACAGUUCCCUGAGUUACAACUACUAGAACAAGAGCUGAAGCUGCUGCAGGUUACGCUGAAGGGCGGUAGUCAGAGCCGUUCACCCAGCAUGGUCAGCCUCACAGUGGAAACAGCUCUGGGCAGCUUCGACUUCCUCAACACGUCCGACUGUGAGGAGGAAGACGAGGAGAAGGGCGACAAGAGGAGUAGAAAUUGCAGGUCUCUGCGGGACAGAGGCUGGGACAGCCCCACCUCCCCCCUCACCACAGGCUGCACCACGUUAGACUGCUGCCUGGUGGACCACCUGAAGAACUGCAGCACACAGCUGUUGUGUCUGGGUAUGUUUGGUCCGCUGCGGUGUGGAGAGAUGUACGCCUUGGACAGACUGCUGAGAGAGGCUCGAGUCCUUGAAAUCAUCCGACGCAUCGCCAAGGACAACCCGAGACGCCACAGACAGCCUGCUGAAGUGAUACCACAGCUGGGCCUGUGUCUGGGUGCUGUGUCACUAUGGCAACAGUGCGUGAGGCAGGGCAGCGUGUACAGUGUCUCUGCUGAGAGCUUCCUGGUUACGCUGUCUGCAGCCUACUCCAGAAUACUGCCAGAGAAGGCCAGCAACAUGGCCGACACAGUGUUCUUGUGUCUGGUUGAGCGAGUGCUGGACCAGAGGUUACCACGGCGGGGCAGCAGCAGAGAUGGAGUGAUGGUGACGCUGUUCCAGCUGUGGAGUUACCUGGAGGCCAACAGCAUCAGUGACAUGGACACACUCAUCACUGAGCUGGCAGAAGAAGUGUGGCUGGUGCAGAGCCUGGCGUCAUGUGACCAGGAUGUGAUCGUCCACGCUCUGCGGCGUCCUGCAGAGUGCAGCCUGAGGAGAGAAGGACUUCACGCUGUGGCCAAAUUACUGAAAGACCCACGAGGCAAAGUGUCAGCCUCUGCCAGCUCUGUGCUGAGGAGCCUGGCUGCCCAGCCCAAACAGAGAGAGCAGGCUUUGGUCAGCUGUUUGGAGCUGCUGGAAGAUGAGGAUGUGGACACCAGAGUCUGUGGAUGCAAGGCCUUAGCUUGUCUCAAGGCCAAAGAAAGCAUUGAUCAGUUAGUGUAUCUUUGUCGGACGGACAAGGACGAAGUCCGAGAUGCUGCCAAACAAGCGCUGCUAGUGCUCGGUGAGGAGGGGAAGAUGGCCCACAGACACGUGGAGACGUCUCAGGACAGCAUACCGAGACUCUUCGCUCCGGGAAGCAUGGCCAGCACAGCUUUCUAACACUACACACACACACACACACACACACACACACACACACACACACACACACACACACACACAUACAUACUAGACGCCGACGCUGUUGUGUUUAACGGCACGCCUCUUCUGCUGCCGUGAUGCCGACAUGCGACCUAAAGUCACACCCUGGAGCUGUGGCCGUCGCUGUGUGGUUCAGUGUAAAAAAAAGCAAAGCUGGCAUAAUAGCGGCUCUUCUUUAUUGUGGGAUCUCUGUGUGAAAGGAGCUAAUGUGUCUCUCAAACACUCUCCCCUCCCCCCACAAUAAUCAAUGAUCACCAACUAUGGCAGGUGGUUGGCAUGUAAAUACACAUUUAAAACCCUUUGCUUUUUGAUUUAUUGUGAACCUUUUUUUAAUAUUUUUAAAUAGCUGAUUUGGAGAUAUGUUGGUUAAAAGGGACAUCGAGGUUUUCAUUUACAUGGUGAACAUGUAGCUCUGUGUCCUGAACCCGUAAAAGGUGAUUUCCAUCAUGCGCUCCUCCCACAGAUGAGGGAGUCCCCCUCUUUAACCAACCAAACUGAAUUGAACUAAUUUGAACCACUAUCAUUUUUUCUGUGUAUAUUCUGUUGCUCAUAGCCGUUUUGUAUCUUGCUGUUUUGUUUUCCGUUUUCAUUUCUGGUCAAUCUGCAGUUGCUACUGUGUCUCUCUGCGGUUGGUUCAGUUCAGUAGUACGACAGAAACUUUUGUCUCAUCCGGUUCUCCUUUAACCUUUGUGAGGUUAGUUUCACCUGUAAGGGAACAACAGGUUUUUGAGUAUCUGUCUUCUGAAAGACAAAACUGUUUGGCACUUAUCUCAAAACGUAUACUGAAUGAAGUUCAGCCGGUAAAUUGUACAUAAGUGUAUGUGACUCCCUGAGCUUUCAGCCGUUGUCAGCUGAUACAGAGCUAUGUCUUCUCCUUAUCCUUGCUUUGUAUUUACAAAAACACAGGGAGGGUUUAAGAUCGCUCGGGUGAGUUAAGGUUUGAACAAAAAGGAUGGUCUGAAUUUCAACAAAUCACAUGAUUUGAGUCUUCUGAAGAUGUUAACCCUGAGACGUUCCUAGUGAGCUGGAGCACAAGUUCUGCUGGUAGUUAUGUGGCCUUCCUUUUACUACAACCUGCUAUUGUUUAGAUGGAACCAUUUCCUCUGUAACAUCAGCUAGAUGCCCAGUAUUGUAAAAAACCAGGCUGUAAAGAAACAGAAAUGGUCACAGAAAGAUAGCAGUGCCAAGAUACUGACAGAGAGUGUCGGGGGAAAUCUAUGUUCAUUUAUCAUAAUUGACACUUUUGUAAGAAUCUUUCAGUAAAACAUCAAUUCUGUGACUGCCCAGCUGUGGCCUGAGAUGUCAUUCUGUGAAAGAAGAAAGAACAAAAUGUUCUGUUAGCAACCUAUCAUGUUCUUGUUCUGCAGGCGGAUGGAUGGAAGAUGGCUGUUUGUUUGACUGUUCUCAUAGUUACAGCGUUGCUUUUUUGUUUGCACAUUGUUUUGUUUGUUUGUUUUGGCAGAAGAAUCGAGAGAACGGUUUUAAAGAUGGGUUUUUAAACACAUCCCUGUUUUAAGACCAGGAAAAACAGAAAUAACCUUUUGUCGUGUCAUUUUUUUGAAGAUGAGACACUGUACAGCUGAUGAAAAAUAAAAUCAUCCUUAUGGGCCCAUGA